CCUAGCUAGCUAGAUAUAUCCGAUGGAGUACCAAAAAUUGAUAGUGGCUUUCUGUUUCCACUCUCUUCUUAUACUUUUUGUCCAUCAAUCUCAGCUUACAUAUGCUGGGAAACAUCUCUGUGCGCGUGAUGAAGCUUUUUAUUUGCUUCAACUUAAGCAAGGCCUCACCGUUGAUCCACAUGCUUAUUUCUAUGGUUGUGACAGUGAGGCCGAAGCCAAGACUUUGUCCUGGAAUGCUACAAGAGAUUGUUGUGAAUGGGGUGGUGUUACUUGCAAUGUAUUUACAGGUCAUGUCAUAGGCCUCGAUCUUUCUUCGAGCUGUCUUAGGGGAACCAUCGAUGCUAACAGCACCCUCAAAAAACUUGGUCAUCUUCAAAGACUCAACCUUGCAUACAACGAGUUGAGUGACUUUCCACUUGGAAAUAGCAUUAGUCAACUCAGUAGUUUGACGCAUCUCAAUCUUUCGCAUUCUGGAAAUAUGAUGCAGAUCCCAGCAGGAUUAACAAACUUGUCUAAAUUGGUUUCACUUGACCUCUCCUGGCACACUAAAUUACAAUUUGGUUUAACAACGUUCAGAAGUUUGCUUCAAGACUUAACCAAUUUGGAGGUACUGUUGCUUGACAACGUGGACGUUUUUGGGAACAUAAGUGAGUUACCUAAGAACCUUUCUUCUUCCCUUAGGUACUUAAGUCUUGGAGACACCAACAUGUUUGGGAACAUAGGUGAGUCUGAGAUUUUUCAUCUACCAAACUUGCAAGUGCUGAGAUUGGGAAAUAAUCCUUUAUUAACAGGCACUUUGCCGAAUUACCGUUGGAAUUUCAGUGAAAGUGUUUUAGAGUUGGACUUCUCUAAUACUGGUAUUUUUGGGAAGCUACCUGGUUCAAUUGCUAAUCUCCAUUAUCUUUGGCGUUUGAACCUCCGUAAUUGCCAUUUAUCCGGCUCGAUUCCAGUAUCCCUUGGCAACCUCACUACAAUCAGAGAGUUGAUACUUACACGUAACAACUUUACUGGUAAUGUUCCCUCAACUAUCUCACAAUUAAACAAACUCGUAUACUUAGAUCUCUCUUCCAACCAUUUUCGAGGAUCGAUUCCAGAAUCUAUUGGCAACCUCACUGCAAUCACAGUGCUGGAUCUUUCAUAUAACAGCUUCACAGGAAAUGUUCCCUCAACUAUCCAAAAGAUGAACAAACUUAGCGACUUAUCUCUCUCUUCCAAUAAUUUUGGAGGUUCGAUUCCAGACAUCUUUGCCAACAUUUCAGAGCUAUCAUUUUUAGGUUUUCACACUAACAAUUUCACUGGCCCCCUCCCAUAUUCCAUUACAACCUUGACACGCCUUGCAACAUUAUACUUGCAAAACAAUUCGCUAACUAGACCACUUCCCUCUAAUAUAAGCGGAUUUCAGGAGCUGACAGUGCUCGAUUUGUCAUUUAAUUGUUUCACUGGCGCAGCACCCUCUUGGUUAUUCCAUCUUCCAUCCUUAUAUAAUUUAUAUGUUCAACACAAUCAAUUAACCGGGAAAUUGCCAAAUGAGCUCAAGAGCAAUUAUGUAGAAUACUCAGAUAUUAAUCUUUCAUACAACAACCUGCAAGGUGAAAUUCCUGAUUGGAUGUUUUCUCCAAGAUUGGGUAGACUGGAUCUCUCUCAUAACUUCCUCACAGGCUUUGUAAUACAAGUAUGGCCCUCAGGAAGCUUACGAUACCUUAAUCUGGAAAACAAUUUUCUUCAAGGGUCUUUGUAUCAGUCCUUUUGUGACAUGGUUAUGCUUGAAAUCCUCAUUUUGGCUCAGAACAAUUUCAGUGGUUCAAUCCCAGAUUGUUUGGGUAACUCCAAAAGUCUCAUUUAUAUUUUAGACUUGCGAAUGAACAAAUUUCAUGGAGAGAUACCAAGAUUCUUACCUACACGGUUAGAGUAUCUUGGUUUAUAUGGCAAUCAAUUGACGGGACAAGUCCCCCGAUCCUUGGUUAACUAUACAAGCUUGGAAGCUAUUGAUUUGGGGAACAACAAGUUAAAUGACACGUUCCCCAUAUGGCUGGAGAAAUUUCCAUACCUACGAGUUCUGAUUCUGAAAUCAAAUCUCUUUCACGGUCCAAUUGGUGAUUUCGAGUCCGAAUUUCCAUUUCCUGAGUUACGAAUCUUUGACCUUUCCUGCAAUGGGUUCACAGGAACUUUGCCAUCUAAGUUUUUCAAAAGUUUCAGAGGUAUGAUGGAUGUGAAUGAAAAAAAAACAGGAAUUACUCAAGUUACUAAAAGGACUCUCAGAGGUUAUCUUUACCAUGUUAGUUUGAUGAUAAAAGGUAAUGAGUUUAAUAUGAGAAUCACGCCAAUCAUGACGAGUGUUGAUCUAUCAAGCAACAGGUUUGAAGGAGAUAUUCCAAAUUCCAUUGGAAGUCUGAGCUCACUUGUCUUACUCAACUUGUCUCACAACAUUUUCCAUGGUCAUAUUCCUGCAGAAUUUACAAAGUUGCAGCAGCUCGAAGCAUUAGAUAUCUCAUGGAACAGACUCAUCGGAGAAAUUCCAGGUCCAUUGUCGAGUUUGACAUUUCUUGAGGUGUUAAACCUUUCGUACAAUCAUCUGGCUGGGCGCAUUCCUAUUGGGAAACAGUUCAAUACAUUUCCAAAUGAUUCAUACUGUGGAAAUCCUGGAUUAUGUGGAUUUCCACUGUCAAAGGAAUGUGGAAACAAUAAUGAGUCACCACUUGAACACGAAGAUGAUGAUUCAUUUUUUAUGAGCGGGUUCACAUGGGAAGCAGUUGUAAUAGGUUAUGGUUGUGGUAUGAUAUUUGGAUUGUUGAUAGGCGGCCUCAUGUUUCUAUUGGGAAAACCAAAAUGGUAUGUGAACUUUGCUGAAGAUAUUGCUCAACAAAUUAGUGCUAAGAAGGGGACAAGGCAAAAGAAGAGACGUCAAAGACGUGGUCCACGAUGAAUUAGCAAUAUAGCAGAAAGGUUGCAGGAAAUUAAAGUCGGACAAGUCUAUCAGUGGAUGCAUCUGUUUCAUCACUUUAUGCCCAUGCUUGCCAAAUACACAAUAAGUUACAGUUUAUUCUAUAGUUUUGUGUCAAAUAAGAAAUUAGCUUUAGACAUAGCAACCUCUAUACUCUGUUAUCGUAUUAUAUUGUUUCAUAAUGUAUCGUAUUAUAUUGUUCAGCAAUAUGAA